UUCUUAUGCACUCCAGCACCCCUAUCAGCUCCUUGUUCUCCUUCACCAGCCCUGCGGUGAAAAGGCUGCUGGGCUGGAAACAAGGAGAUGAGGAGGAAAAGUGGGCAGAAAAAGCUGUUGAUUCCUUGGUGAAGAAGUUAAAGAAGAAGAAAGGUGCCAUGGAAGAACUGGAAAGGGCUCUGAGCUGCCCGGGUCAGCCCAGUAAAUGUGUCACCAUCCCCCGUUCCUUGGAUGGGCGGCUGCAGGUGUCUCACCGCAAGGGGCUUCCCCACGUCAUCUACUGCAGAGUGUGGCGCUGGCCUGAUCUCCAGUCUCACCACGAGCUCAAGCCACUGGAAUGUUGUGAGUUCCCAUUUGGCUCAAAGCAGAAAGAAGUGUGCAUUAACCCCUACCACUACCGGCGGGUGGAAACCCCAGUCCUACCUCCUGUACUCGUUCCAAGACACAGUGAGUUUAACCCUCACCUCAGCCUCCUCGCCAAGUUUCGGAACACUUCCCUGCACAGCGAGCCCCUGAUGCCCCACAAUGCCACCUACCCUGAUUCCUUCCAGCAUCCUCCGUGCACCCCCUUUCCAUCAUCACCCAGCCACAUGUUCUCCCAGUCACCUAACAGCAUCAGCUACCCCAACUCGCCAGGAAGCUCCUCUGGACCAGGAAGUCCCUAUCAGCUCACGGUGGAAACUCCACCCCCACCUUACCAUGCAAGAGAACCCCCAGGAACCCACAACGGGCGAUCAAUGGAUGCCAUAGCUGAAAGUCAACUGGUGCUGUCUUUACCCAACGGAGGUAAACAUGCCGAUGGAGAAGCUGAAAACUUUCGGCCUGUUUGCUAUGAGGAGCCUCAACACUGGUGCUCAGUUGCCUACUAUGAACUCAACAACCGGGUAGGGGAGACUUUCCAGGCUUCCUCUCGAAGUAUCCUUAUAGAUGGAUUUACAGAUCCCUCAAAUAACAAGAACAGGUUCUGCCUGGGACUGCUCUCAAAUGUAAACCGCAACUCUACUAUAGAAAACACCAGGAGACACAUAGGAAAAGGUGUUCACCUUUACUAUGUUGGAGGGGAGGUGUAUGCUGAGUGUGUCAGUGACAGCAGCAUUUUCGUGCAGAGCCGCAACUGCAACUACCAGCACGGUUUCCACCCAGCCACCGUCUGCAAGAUCCCCAGUGGCUGCAGCCUCAAGAUCUUCAACAACCAGCUCUUUGCCCAGCUGCUCGCCCAGUCGGUCAAUCAUGGGUUUGAAGUGGUGUAUGAGCUCACCAAGAUGUGUACGAUUCGAAUGAGCUUUGUUAAA